CAUCUUUGGAGAGUAAGAAUACUAUGGAGCUCAUCCGAAUGUAUCACUGAAGAAUAUGAUGGCUGAAAACAAUUUAAAAAUGCUAAAGAUUGAACAGUGUGUAGUAGCCAACAAGCUACCUAGAAACAGGCCAUAUAUUUGCAAUAUUUGCUUUAAGCACUUUGAAACACCAUCAAAAUUAGCUAGGCAUUAUCUCAUUCAUACUGGUCAGAAGCCAUUUGAAUGUGAUGUGUGUCAUAAAACUUUUAGGCAACUAGUUCACCUGGAGAGACAUCAACUAACUCAUAAUCUGCCUUUCAAAUGUAGUAUUUGUCAACGCCACUUUAAAAAUCUGAAGACGUUCGUGAAGCACCAACACCUUCACAAUGAAACGUACCAGAAUGAUGUUAAACAGGUUAGAAGAUUGUUGGAGGCCAAGCAAGAAAAGCCAGUGUAUGGAAUGUAUCCUACUUUUACCUCAGAGGAGCGAUGGGCCUUACACCCCUCUACUAAGUCUGAUCCUACCUACAGCCCUGCGAAGAAAAGAAAGAAUAUUCACGCAUGUACAAUCUGCGGCAAGAUGUUCCCGUCACAAUCAAAACUCGAUAGGCAUGCACUUAUUCAUACUGGUCAGAGGCCUUUUAAAUGUGUCCUGUGCAGUAAAUCUUUUCGACAGUCGACUCAUUUAAAGAUCCACCAACUCACACAUUCAGAAGAAAGACCUUUUCAAUGUUGUUUCUGUCAAAAAGGAUUCAAGAUUCAAAGCAAACUUCUGAAGCAUAAACAAAUCCAUACCAGGAAUAAGACUUUUCAGACUCUUUCAUUAAAAAAGAAGAAUCCAGAGUCAUGCCCCCUACCUAAUAAAUUAAACCCAAAGCAGGAUGGUUUUGAAAAUGGUGAUAUAGGUGAAUCCGAGGAGAAUAAUCAACUUGAUGUCCAUUCUAUUUAUAUUGUUCCUUUUCAGUGUCCAGAGUGUGAAGAGUGUUUUGAAUCAGAGAAGAUUCUCAAUGGACACAAGUGUUUUCCUGCCAGAAGUGGCAAAAUUCCAAGCAGUUUCAAAAGAAGCCUCAACUAUAAAACUAUUGUUAAAAAGAUCUUGGCCAAGCUUAAACAUGUUGGGAGUAAGAAAUUAGAUAAUUUUAGAUCUGACAAAAAAUCAUUUAAAAACGGUUUCUUGAAAAAAUGUGAUCUUAUUUCUGGUGAGCAGAGCCCCGAACAAACCCAGAGAACAUUUAUGGGUUCACUUGGCAAACAUGGAACAUAUAAGACAGUUGGCAAUAAAAGGAAGAAAACAUUGAUGUUGCCAUCUUCUUGGCAAAAGCACUACCAGAGCCAAAAUAUGGGGAAAAACUUGAAAGGUAUCCUUACAACAGAAAACAUGUUAAUUAUGGAAAAUUCAGUGAAUAAUAAGGACAUACCUAUCAGUGGUUCAUCAGGUGAGGAAUUUUUUGAUAACUGUAAAGUGCUUCAAUGUGCUUUUUCAGUUCCAAGCGAAAACAUGCAUACUGGACAUAAGAUGUGUCCUUGUGACAAAUGUGAGAAAGUAUUUCCUUCUGUAUCCAAACUACAAAGACACUAUUUAAUUCAUACUGGACAGAGGCCUUUUGGUUGUAAUGUUUGUGGGAAAUCUUUUAGACAGUCAGCUCACUUAAAAAGACAUAAAUUAACUCAUACUGAAAAGAUUCCUUACAGACGAUCUUUUUGCCAAGUAGAAUUUGACAAUUUGAGCAAACUUUUCACUCUUUCGGGUGAUAAUGGUAACUAUAAUGCUUCCCAACAAUGCGAGACUCCUAGUUUUCAAAAAUGUGAGGUCUUGGAGUCAGAUCAAAUAUCAGAAAUAAAAGUUAAGGCAGAAUCAGAGGAUUUCAUUCUUGAUGCCCACUAUAGGAGCAGGCAGCCCUAUCUCUCUAAUUCCCUUCUGGAAUCGGAGCAGAGCCAUCAUAGUCAUUGUAGUUAUUCAGGACAUCCUGAGAGGAAUGAUGGCCUUCUUUACCAAUGCAGUGUUUGUUCUAAAAGUUUUAGAUCUCCAUCUAAACUGGAGAGACACUAUCUAAUUCAUGCAGGACAGAAGCCAUUCGAAUGCUCAGUUUGUGGCAAAACAUUCAGACAGGCCCCUCACUGGAAGAGACAUCAACUUACUCAUUUUAAGGAACAACCGCAGAAAAACUAGUGUUAAAUUCGGUUCUAUAACUGACAGAGCCACCAACUUAUGGUCUCUUUGGUGAUCUUGUUCUCUAAGCCUGUAUAAUUUAAAAUAUAUUUUCAUCAGAAGGCCUGCAUAAGGUUGAAUAAUUUUACAGGCAGUUGCCUGUCCUGCACAGUAAGGUAAGAUACAUAG